AUGGUGAGAGCCGACUUCUCAGGGGAAGGUCGGUGUACUGUGAGGCUCAACCCUGUGGGUUGGGCCUGUCGUUUGGACUUGGACCUUAGCGUUAGGCCAGGUGGUUCUUAUACUAGAGUAAGAGCAAAUUUAUUGAAGAUUUCAGGAAAAGGAAUUAGAUUUUGUGCAAAAGUUACAUCAACAAAGCUUGAAGAACUUAAGAAACUUGAUAGUGAAAGUACAUUAUUGCAUGAAAGUAAAAAGGCUAAGUCAAUUCCUCUUCCACCCUUAUCUAAUGCAAGUGAACUUGAUUCAAGAAAAAGAAGAGCUACUGGACCUUUGGAGAAAGCUUUUAAUGUGAAUUCAAGGGAGACUCUAGAUUUACAUAUUGCUAGAUUAUUUUUUUCAUCUGGAUUGCCUUUUCAUCUCGCAAAAAAUCUGUAUUUUGUUAAAGCUUUUUCUUAUGCUGCUAAUAAUUAUAUUGAUGGUUAUAUUCCUCUUGGAUAUAAUAAAUUAAGGACAACUUUGCAUGAGAAAGAGAAGCAACAUGUGGAGAGAAUGUUAGAACCUACUAAGAAUUCAUGGAGUGAAAAGGGAGUGAGCAUUGUAAGUGAUGGAUGGAGUGAUCCCCAGAGGAGGCCUCUUCUUAAUUUUAUGGCUGUAACUGAAAGUGGGCCUAUGUUUUUGAAAGCUGUAGAUUAUUCAGAUGAGAUCAAAGACAAGGAUUAUGUUGCAAAUCAAAUAAGAGAUGUGAUAAGAGAAGUCGGUCUCUCAAAUGUAGUGCAGAUUGUGACUGAUAAUGUGCCAGUUUGUAAAGCGGUUGGUUUAUUGAUUGAAGCUAAAUUUCCAUCUGUUUAUUGGACUCCUUGUGUUGUUCAUACUCUCAACUUUGCUUUAAAGGACACUUGUGCAUCUAAGAAUAUAGAGAAGAAUAAUUUUGUUUAUCAAGAAUGCUCAUGGAUUACUCAAAUUGCUGAAGAUGCUUCUUUUAAAAAAAAAUUCAUUGUUAAUCAUCAUAUGAGGUUAUCUAUUUUCAAUGAAUUUAAUACAUUGAAAUUGCUUAAUGUUGCUCCUACUCGAUUUGCUUCUACUAUUGUGAUGCUCAAAAGAUUUAGGUUGUUAAAGCAAGGUCUCAAAGAGAUGGUUAUAAGUGAGAAGUGGUCUUCAUACAAGGAAGAUAAUAUUGGCAAAGCUGAAUUUGUUACAGAAAAGAUUUUGAGUGAAAAUUGGUGGCAAAAUAUUAAUUAUAUUCUUGCUUUCACAAAUCCUAUUUAUGAUGUUUUAAGAAGUACAGACACGGAUGCACCUACUCUUCAUUUGGUCCAUGAGAUGUAUUAUAGCCACCAAGGGUUGAGAGAAGAUCCUACACGAGUUUUUCCUCAUCAAGAUGUUGAGAUCACUAAUGAGAGAGUUAAAUACUUGAAGAGGUAUUUUCCUAAUGAAGAAGAGAGGAGAAAGGUAAAUAUUGAGUUUGCAAAUUUUUCUGAUGAUAGAGGUGUCUUUAAUGAUUAUGACUCUUUGAAUGAUAGAGGCAUAGUUGAUGCAAAGUCUUGGUGGCUAAUUCAUGGUGGUAAAGUAAAAUUUCUUCAACCAAUUGCUCUUAGGCUACUAGGGUAA